CAGUCUUUCGACGCGGGGUUCUCGAGAGACGCCCGCAACACCAUGAUCCUCAUCACAGCCGAAAAUCCCAAAGGACGGUGGCGACGGCAUCGGAAAAGGGCCUAGACAAUAACAACCCUGCCCGAGCUGGUGACAUGACAGUGACUUUGCUGGGCUGCAGCCAUGAUGCGACGCAAAGUGGAUACGGAAACGGCCGGCAUGUAAUUGUCGGGUAUCGAUCGGCUGCCAAGACAUUCCACCCUUUUCGCUCGGCGGGGCCAGGGGUCCACGAUGCUUCGUUUCGAAGAAGUCUUCACCCCCGGCAUAUAUAUAUAUCCGUCCAAGGAUGCCGCAGUACAUAAAGAGGGCAGCUACUCCUCUCCUUGCGCCCCUAAUGCAGAAGUAACGAGAAAAGCUUGUCACGACCACCCACCACCGAUGCUCCGAACCCACUGCAAGCGCUCGACAUCAACAUCAACAUCAACAUGGCUCUCCUCACCACUCCGAGAACCGCGCCCGGGAUUUCGCUGCGCAGCCAUAACCACCACCACCACCACCACCAGCCCGAGGUGAUCUCGACCCUCUACCCCCUUAUCAACACCGCGCUGCAGUUCCAGCAGCUCGUCAGCUCGGCCGCCUUCCACCUCGUCGUGCGCACCUUCUUCGCCGCAAGCCUCAUCGCAACGACCACUCUGCUGGCAAGUAAGGCCAUUGCCUGGAGGAGCUUGGUCAUCGCAAGAAUCCUCGCCGCACAAGCGACGUCGCUGGCAGGCUAUCUCACCCGGACACUGUGGGACUGCAAACGAUCGAGGCGUUUCCGCAAGGGGCUCGAGUAUGAGUUCUACGUCCUGCUUUUCGGACCGGGGGGCAGGGCUUUGUUCCUGAUGCUGUUCUGGCCUGGCUGGCCCAUGCUAGCUGCUCUGGCGUGGGCAAUUUGGCAGUUCACUGGUUGA